UUUAAAGGGCGAUCUCGUAUACCGAAUCCAGGGGGCUUGCCUUUUUGGUGGGGGUGGCAACGCUACUAGCCUAUUGCUGCUGUUGCUGUAUAACUUCGAGCUUGUUGAGGGCUGUCUUAAGACGGAAUAUGCUAAGCAGAUAGGUUAGUGUUUAUGUGUGCUGCUGGAGAGAUAGGCUACUGUAACUGAGAGUGAGGUGGCGUUUCGUUUUCCAUCCCAACUGUGAUGCGUGGUCAGUAGAGGCGACGUUGAAUAGACUGAGAUAUCAUUUUCGGUUAUUCCUUUCCUUUUCGUUUUUCUGUCGACACUGACAACAAACGCAGGUUUCCUGUGUGCAGUCCGGUAGUAAAAAGGACUUGGAUGCGAAAGGGAGUUUGUUCAAAUGGCAGCAAUGAGAAUUGGAAUAGAACUAUGCGGGAAUUAAUCGCUGGUGUUGCAGCCAUCUAAUUCACCAUAGCGCGUUUAUCCGUGGCAGCCCUGAACGUAGAGGGGGCUGCACUGUGUCCUGGCCACAGCUUCACUUUCACUGUGGCAAUAGGUGUAUUCAGUUAUUUUGAAUCAGUGCGGGAUUUGAUCUUGAACGUGCAAGGAAGGAACGCGUAACCGCUCAUUGAUGAACGAACUAGUAGUACACCGUUUAUAAUUUACUCGUGAACCGAACUGUACACACUAUACUGUUAUUAUUACCAUUGCUCCAGUCGAGGAGAAAUACCAUGAAUAUGCAGCAACCCGUUCAGAACUGUUGCGAUUGUCAAAUGUGAAGUAGCCGUGGCUUGCUUUUUGAGCUAAGGAGAAUAGCCAUAGUUUACCAGUUAUGGUGUUAAUACAUUUAUAAUAGUCCACGACAUUCUACGUUUUAAAUCCACCCUGAACAGCACAUUGGUGCUCUUUUUGUAAUACCGAGGAUUUAAUUGAGCAAUUCGCGCGGAGUUUGCAGUGACCCUUGGGGACUGCUGGUCUGGAAUAGCAACAAAGGACGGGGGCGUGCAUUCAUGGAAUGCAACUUUGACAGCUCUCCACUACUUAUCUACUGACUUUAUCAGCGGGCAACGGGGACGAGCUAGUAAUUGAAGGAGAGAUGGCCGAGAUCCCAACUCCCAGCCCUCUCCAUGAGUUGGACGUGGCCAUAGACCCAGACUUCGAGCCACAAAAACGGCCAAGAUCGUGCACCUGGCCGUUGCCCCGACCCGAGUCCAAUGCGGGGAAACCAGAAAGCAACGACACUGACAUUAUACCCGAGGAAGAGGAUGACGAAGAGGAACAGCAUGCCACGUCCAUGGCCAUCAACGUCAAUGGCACCAACGUGGGAGCAGACCACCAGAACAGCAACAGCCCUACGGCCGAAGGACUGCUGUCCGGACAGGAGAACGGAGGCUCCCCGCUCUCCUCCCACUCCCCCACGACCACUUCGGGCGCACUCGACACCAGCGGCCCGGGUCCGCAGACUCCACGGAAGUCUUCGUCGCGCAGGAACGCGUGGGGGAAUCUAUCAUAUGCUGACCUGAUAACCAAAGCCAUAGAGAGCACGCCGGACAAGAGAUUGACUCUGUCUCAGAUUUAUGACUGGAUGGUGAGAUGUGUGCCGUACUUCAAAGACAAAGGCGACAGUAACAGUUCGGCUGGGUGGAAGAACUCCAUCCGACACAACCUCUCCCUCCACAGUCGUUUCAUCCGUGUCCAGAACGAGGGAACGGGAAAGAGUUCCUGGUGGAUGAUAAACCCGGAGGGAGGGAAGGGCGGGAAGGCCCCCCGGCGCCGUGCUGUCUCAAUGGACAACAGCAACAAGUACACCAAGUCUGCCCGCGGCCGCGCAGCCAAGAAGAAGGCGGCCCUUCAGGCAGUGGUGGCCGGCGAGGGGGGCGGAGACAGCCCCUCAGGGCUUUCCAAGUGGCCGGGCAGCCCCACAUCACGGAGCAGUGAGGAGCUGGACGCCUGGACAGACUUCCGCUCACGCACCAACUCCAACGCCAGCACGAUAAGUGGGCGCCUCUCACCCAUCCUGGCCAACCCAGAGCUGGACGAGGUGCUGGACGAUGACCCGCCACUAUCGCCCAUGCUCUACUCUAGUCCCGGCGAGGCACUGUCGCCUGGGAACACUCCCACGCCCAAUGGGAAGGGACUGCCCACAGAGCUGCCUCGCCUGGCAGACCUGGCAGGCACCAUGAACCUGAACGAGGGGCUGACGGACGACCUGAUGGAUGAGCUGCUGGAUAACAUCACCCUGGCCCCCACCCCAACUGGACCAGCCACCCAGAGAGGAUCCUCCGGGCUCAGCUUUGGCUCCAAGCUUGCCGGACUGGGCUCCUCCUCCCCAACCACCUCUCCCUCUACUCCAUCCCCCUCUAAUGGUGCAGGCGGCAGUGGCUACUGUAACUCCAUCUUUGGUCCCCUCACAGCGGGCUCCUCCCUGCGGCCCGCCCCCAUGCAGACCAUCCAGGAGAACAAGCAGACGUCCUUCUCCUGCAUCUCCCGCUUCGGCAGCCAGACCCUGCAGGAUCUGCUCAACUCAGAGGGCCACAGCCACAGCGACGUCAUGAUGACCCAGUCUGACCCGCUGAUGUCACAGGCCAGCGCCGCCGCUGUUAUCUCCCAGAACUCCAGGCGAGGCUUUGUUCUCCGCAGCGACCCCAUGAUGACCAUUGGGACCACGGCGUUAGGGCAGGGGGUUCUCCUGCACAACCACAACCAGGGGUCCCUGAGGACACUGAACGGGGGUCCGAGCCUGAACAACGAGGCCAACAGCCUGGCCAAUGCCAAGCAGCAGCUCCUGCACUCUCCACUGGGACUUGGAUCGAACGGCUCCUCCAUGAUGCAGAUUGACUCGUCCCUCUUCCUGAACGGGAGCGUUGGUGGAAGCAGUGGGAUCUGCUCGGUAGGCCCCGACCGCUUCCCUACCGACCUGGACCUGGACAUGUUUAACGGGAGCCUGGAGUGUGACAUGGAGUCCAUCAUCAGAAACGAGCUGAUGGACGCAGAUGGCCUGGACUUUAACUUUGACUCCCUGGCCAACCUGAACGGACCCAACCUGGGCAGCUUCACCAGCACCAAGCAGGGACCCCAGAGCUGGGUCCCUGGCUGAGAGAAAGGCCACACCCUAGAGGGGGCAGAGCAGGUACAAACUGCAGAGCAAGAGAAGAUCAGACACAAAGCGUCCUUUUUGCCAAGCCUGCUAUCAGCACAACAUGGAAUAAAUACCCUAUGUUUACACAACACCUCCUCUAGAGAAAUGUACCUUUUCUCCCACUCUGACGGACCAUGAAUGAUUUGAAGUACACAGACUCACAAGACGUGACCGUCAGAUCCUCAAAGACCCCUGCAAAACAAACAAACAAUCUGAAAUCAUCACAACAAACUCAUCUCAGAAUUAUGCAAUCUUCCUUUGAGAAAACACGUCGGACAAAAUCUAUUGUAAAGAUGCAGAGCGAGAGGGGCUGUGUUUUGUUUAUUUGAAGGGUUUUUGGGAAACAAUGACAUUCGGCAAGCAAGGUUGUAGUGUACAAGUAGUUCCUGGGAAAAAAGGACAAAAGAUAAACAAAAACAAAGUGAUGUAGUGUAAAACCUUAUACAGUGGUUUCUGGGAUGUGUUAUGUUGGAAAAUCUUCCUCUGUUUUCACUCAGUGAUUUUAAAUGUUUAAUGUUUGUUUUUAAAUUCCUGUUUUACCAUCAUCACUGUUUCUGCACCACAGUUGUUUUAUAAAAAAAAAUAUUGAUGAAAUGAAAGAGAGGAAGGAGACAGUCUGCACUCAAAAUAGCGAUAACACACACACGUUACACACACUGAUGAUGUCAUAAACAAUAAUGCCAUGCAUUUCAGGUUGUUGGUGUUUUGUUGCUUUUAUUUUACAUGAGUUUGAAUGAUUAGUCACGGUUUUAAAAAGACUUAUAGAAACAAUUAUAAUAAUACAAUUAUCUGAAUACUAUACAGAGAGAUUGUUAUCGUUUAUUUGUAUCGAACUGUAAAAUAGAGAAAAAAACAAGAAGAAGAAGUCUGUCAAGGAUCUGUGUACAGUACAGUACAGUGGAAGCUUCAACUUAAAGCCGAGGAGGAGGAGGAGUUUAGACCUUCUUUUCUAGUUAAUGGGUGGGGUAUGUCAACGUGUUGUAGUACAGCAUAUGUAGCCAAGAUAAAUACCUAUGUCCUAGCGUUGUGUACGUUUCCACGCCAUAACUGGUGCUAUGAUGUAAACAGUGUUUGAGUCCAGGCCCUAGCAAGCCGUGCAUAUUACCUAUCUGGCCCGGCGAACCCCGCCGAGCUGUAGCCGUUGUCGUAGCAACGGCAGGGUGGCACUGAGAGGCCGGGAGGUUGUACAGUUAGCCUCCUCCAUCUCUGGCAGCCAUUUUGUUUUUCUUGAGUGAAACGAUAAGCUAUCUGUGUAUGUUGCCAAAUUACUUGAAACAACAUGUAGGAGAUGCUGGCAGCCAAAACAACAACAACACACACACAUCACACACACACACACAUAGCGAAAAAUAAGAGCAGGGAUAUGUGUUUUAGCUCUGCUAGUUGUUUUGUUGUGGGCGUGUUAUUAUAUGCAUAUACCAUCACUCAGGGGGAAGGGGGAGCUAUCCCGUUCCAACGUUACACCAGGUCCCAUCUCCAUGGCAGAACACACAACAACAUGUCCUUUGUUGGCAAAAAAGUAUUGCUUGUGUUGUAAACUUGUAACCUGUGAACUAUGACCUUUCAAGCGGAAGAGGAGAAAGAAAUCAGGAGAAGGAUCUGACUCUUCACUCGGUCCUGUCGUUUGUUUUUAUGUCGUUGUAGUUUUUUCUCCUCAUGUGGGACUCAUGACACGCGCACAACCCCCCCCCCCCCUCCCCUCACACACACACCCCUCACACACACACCCUUCGCAGACACGCCUGGUGCUCCUAACAGGUCUCUCCUGUAUCUCCUGAGUGUGUUUGUGUGUGUGACUCGUUUAUUGAUCGUGUUUAUUGAUUUUGUCUCACGAGGAUAUGUUAUCCUUCGUUAUCCUUCAUGAAGCAUACAGCACCCCCUCUGUGUGCAUGUAUAUAUUUAUGCAUUAUGAACUGUGUGAAAUGCAUAUAUAUACUCACUCUAUGACCUUAUAUACUCAUGUAGUACUUGACCCUUGGUUUUUUAUGAUACCUCGGAAGGUAGAGUUGAAGAAAGAACAGAACAUUACUUGCCGGGUAAGGGGGUGGAUGCUAUGCUAAUAUUAGAACGCCAUUGUUGCUGAACCAGAUAGAGAACCAGGAAACCAUUCUUGUAGCAGCAUCUGGGCCUCUGGUACCCCUUCUGUGUCUGGGGUCUUUAUCCAGAGGGUUGCCCCGUCCUGUCUAUCCUGUAAAAUAGUGUACAAACGAACAAACGUGUGUGUGUUUGUCCGUCACCCAGAGGUUGAGGCAGAGGAGUGUGUUUGCAUGGCUGGGUAGAUGAUCAACUGUAGAAGUGUUACCUGAGGUUUACAGCAUGACAGCCCCCACCCCAUAGAUAUCCUAUGAAAUGACUAAAGGAGAUAUGUGAUAAACCCUCAUAGUUUCAGAAUGGGGUGAAAAUGGCAACCAUAUUGGUCAGAGAGAAAUCCAAACGAUUUUAAUUGGAAUGAAUGGCUGUAGCGGCAUAAUUGUGUAAUAUAAUUAUUGUCAACCUAAAACAUUGUCAUAUAAAUACAGUUUAUACGGGUAUUAUACAAAUGUUCUGUAUAAAUAACCACUAAAAUACACUAUAUAUACAAAAGUAUGUGGACCCCCCUUCAAAUUAGUGGAUGCAACCUUUCCAACAAGUUAGUUCAUUAAAUUUCUGCCCUGCUAGAGCUUCCCCGGGUCAACUGUAAGUGCUGUUAUUGUAAAGUGGAAACGUCUAGGAGCAACAACGGUUUGGGGAAGGCCCUUUCCUGUUUUAGCAUGACAAUGCUCCCAUGCACAAAGCAUACAGAAUGGUUUAUCAAGAUCGGUGUGGAAGAACUUGACUGAACUGCACUGACCCCUGACCUCAACCCCAUCGAACACCUGGGAUGAAUUGGAAUGCCAAGCCAGGCCUAAUCGCCCAAAAUCAGUGCCCGACCUCACUAAUGUUUUUGUGGCUGAAUGGAAGCAAGUCCCCUCUGCAAUGUUCCAACAUCUGGGAAAGCCUUCCCAGAAGAGUGGAGGCUGUUGUGGCAGCAAAGGGGGACCAAUUCCAUAUUAAUGUCCAUUAUUUUGGAAUGAGAUGUUUGACGUGCAGGUGUCCACAUACUUUUUGGUCAUGUAGUUUAAUGUAAUCAGACAAUAAAGUCAAAAUGUUUGUUUUUCUUGGAAAUCUAUGAGUGCUUAAUAGCACUAAAAGUUGUAGACCAGUGGUGCACCCAGCUCCCUCGGUAUGGGGAGAAUCUCUAUGAGUCCCCAUACACACAGCCAGGAGAGUAGAUCCCCUAGACCAGUGGUGCACUCAGCUCCCUCGGUAUGGGGAGAAUCUCUAUGAGUCCCCAUACACACAGCCAGGAGAGUAGAUCCUCUAAGCUUGACGUCUUCUAACCCCAUCCGUCUCUGGAACCUGUGACUUCCAACAAACCAAGAGUCUUCUAUAGCUCUUCACUGCACCUUACCCUAAAGACACAUCUCUUCAUUUUACUUUUCUCUCUGGAAGAGGGAAGUCCAAAGCCAUCAUGCCAUUAGCACUGCAUUUCAACAUGUCUAUAGUGUACAGGCAGACAGAGAAGGGAAGAAAGAACCCAGUCAGCCCAGAACAGAUGUUCCACAGAUGCAUUCUUUGCUACUGCGUUUAGAGGAAACUGGAAGGCUCCUUUGGCCCCAUAAUGGUGGCACAUGCCAGCCACAGCACAGUACUAUCCCCGUGUCCAUGUCAAAGCUCUUCUUGAUCCUAGAACUUUGCACCCCUCGUUAGCCCCGUCCCCCACCUGCUCUCCUGUCACCUAUGCCCUCUGCUCUUUGACCUCUGUAGUAACCUCGCUUCUUCUCGACGAUGUUGAUGUUAGUGAGUAUUUUUCCUGUGUAUUCCAUUUUGAAUUGUAAUCUAGUUUGUAUAAGAAAUGGUGCGCAUGUAAAUAAAGCUUGGUGAAACUCCACACUCUC